AAAUUCUUUUUCUCUACCAUGGAAACCAAAUUAUUUGGUCUUAGGGAAGUUCUCUGAAAAAUUAAAAGUUUACUGAUUCUUCAAGGCUCAUUUGUAAACGUAAACUGCGACUAUUCUUAGGCAAAAGUGUGAAGAGUUUUCUCAAUUUUGCUGUGGAAAAAACAUGGGGUUUUGGAGCUUGCCUUACUCUGUACCUGCAAAUUACACAACUCUCUCUCAAAUACUAACAAUCAUCUUGAUAAUAUACUCCUCCUCAUGCAAAGCUACCUUGCUCUCUCCUUCAUCUUGUGGUAAUAUCCAAAACAUAACCUGUCCUUUUACACUGAAAGGUGAUCAUCAGACAUGUGAUGAUUAUCAAUUCACCUAUCAGCUUUCUUGUGCCAAUAAUCGCACCAGCUUAUACACCCCUUCACAUAAACUCUACUAUGUUGAAGACAUCAACUAUGAGAAUUUCACCAUUAGAAUUGUUGAUCCGGGGCUCGAGAAGAAUAACUAUUCUUCUCUUCCUUUUCAAUUUUUUCAAGACCAAAAUUUCUAUCAGGAUGAAGUAGCAGAAUAUACCGAUAUAACGGAGCAUAAUUGGCCCGUUAUAUGGAUUGAAUGUCCGUCUCCUGUAAUUUCCAGGAGAUACUUAAAUGUUACAUCAAAAUUUUCAUCAUUUUCGUAUAAGGUUUUGGAAAAGUAUUAUAGUUAUUCUUAUGCUUAUGUUGUGGCUGGAUCGUUAAAUAUAUCAGAACUGGAAGAUAAUUGCAGGGUGAGUAAGAUCGCGUGGGUGUCAUCCCAAUGGCCUCUUACUGAUCAUCUCUUGAAUAAGGCUAAACCUGAGUUUUCGGAAAUUCAUGAUGGGAUGGUUUAUGGAUUUGAUGUUGCCUGGGAAUUCCUGCACUGCUUGAAGUGUGACAAAAGUGGAGCGAGCCAUUGUUUUGUUGGAUACGAGCCUCGUGCUUGGAUUUGUGAAUACAGCUGCAACUUCCAUCGGCUAAACUCUUACAAAAUUUCACUGAAGUGCCUGAAGAUGAACUUGGAUGGAUUGAUUGAAGCAUUCCAGGGAAACAAGAGGCUUAUAGGACAGAUUACGGGAUCAUUUUUUGCUGCAAGAUAUCUUUUCGGAAUCCCAUUUUUGCUUGCUGUAUUGGUUUACAGAGCAAAAAGAAGGCAUUUAUCUAUUUACAAUACCAUUGAGGAUUUUCUUCAAGCUCAAAGCAACUUGAUGCCUAUAAGGUACACCUACACAGAUAUUAAGAAGAUCACAUAUAAUUUCAGAGAUCGGUUGGGUGAAGGAGCCUUUGGUACUGUUUACAAGGGAAAGCUCCGGAGUGGUCUUUCUGUAGCCGUAAAGAUAUUGGCCAAGUCCAAAGCAACUGGACAAGAGUUUAUUAAUGAAGUUGCUACAAGCGGAAGGAUUCAUCAUGUCAAUGUGGUGGAACUUGUUGGAUUUUGCUUUGAAGGUCAAAAACGAGCUCUGAUUUAUGAGUUCAUGCCUAAUGGAUCGUUAGAGAAAUACCUCUUUUGCAAAGAAGGAACAGAGAAAGAAAUGGUUUCGUUAAGCUGGGAAAAGAUGUAUGACAUUUCCUACAAAAUAGCAACUGGGAUUCAUUACUUGCAUCGCGGUUGUGACAUGCAAAUUCUGCAUUUUGACAUCAAGCCUCAUAAUAUUCUUCUUGAUACGAAUUACAAUCCAAAAAUUUCUGACUUCGGGCUUGCAAAAUUGUACGCCACUGGUGACAGCAUUGUGACUCUCACCGCGGCAAGAGGAACAAUGGGCUACAUGGCGCCAGAGAUGUUUUACAAGAAUGUCGGAAGCAUUUCAUACAAAGCGGAUGUUUAUAGUUUUGGAAUGUUGUUGAUGGAAAUGGCAGGCCGGAGGAAAAAAUCGAACCCGUUUGUGGAUCAUGUCAGCCAAAAUCACUUCCCCUCGUGGGUUUAUGAACAAUGUACCGAGGGAAAAGAGAUUGAAAUGGAUGGUGCUACAGAGGAAGAACGGAAAUUAGUGAAAAAGAUGGUGAUAAUAGCAUUGUGGUGCAUACAAUUGAGGCCGAAUGAUCGGCCUUCGAUGAACAAAGUCAUUGAAAUGUUCGAAAGAGAUAUUGAAUUUUUGGUGGCGCCUCCAAACUCCUUUUUCUAUCCUCAAGAAGAUCCUCUGCCAGCUAACUAGGUGUUUCCUCAAAUUUGCUUCCUCGUCAGAUAUCUUGAACCACACUAAUUUCGCUUUACCAAACUUUGUGAGGCCAACUGUGAACUAAAAACAUGUGUAUUUAAUUUGCGGGAACCUUUAAACCUGUUUGGGGUCAACCUUUUUUUUUUUAAUAUAAUUUAAGUGCUUACCUUUUUUAAAAAGAAAUAUAUAUAUUUA